UUCAACUCUGAGACUGGAAGCAACCGUAAAAGGCAACUCGUGAGCACCUGGAAACCUAGUGAGAGCUUGCAGAUGUCACCCCUGAAUUUCUCGCUUUCAGGCUCACUGCACGUAGGAAUUCUGGCGUCCAUGCUUUCGUUUAUCAUUUACUGUCUCGUCAGAGACAGGCUUCGAGUAAGAGACCUGAGUGGAAAGCACAUCUUCAUAACAAGCUGUGACACUGGCCUGGGAAACUCACUGGCUAAAUGGCUUGACAAAAGGGGGUUUCCAGUCAUUGCUGCGUGCGCCACAGAAAGAGGAAGGCAAGACCUGCAGUCCUGCUGCUCACCGUCACUAAAGACAGUGAACCUGAACUUGGCUGACUCCAGCAGCAUUACUAGGGCUGUGUUAUUUGUGACAGAAGAAACUGCUGGAAAGGGGCUUUUUGGCUUGGUAAACAAUGCUGAAGGAACAGCCCCUCUGGCACCCACUGACUGGCUAAGGAUAGAAGAUUUCCACUCAGUUCUGGAGGUUAGUCUAAUAGGAUUGAUUGAAAUCACCCUGAAACUUCUACCGCUUCUGAAAAAAGCUGAAGGAAGAAUAGUCAAUCUCAUCAACGCCAAAGGCCUUGUGGCACUUGUAGGAGGUGGCCACAGCCUGUCCAAAUGGGGAAUGGAAGCUUUCUCUGACAUUCUACGGAUAGAGAUUCAGCAUUUUGGAGUGAAAGUAAGCAUUAUAGAGCACGGUUUCUUUAAGACAGGAAUAGUUAGUUCAGAUAUCAUUGAGAGAGACCUCUUAAGACUUUGGAACAGACUGACUCCUGAGAUCAGAGAUGCCUAUGGAGAAAAAUAUUUUGUUGAAUAUAUAAAAGCUCAAAGAUUAUCAGUGAGAAGACUGUGUGACUCUGAUAUUUCUAAGGUCGUGAAAUGCAUGGAACAUGCCCUGAUAGCAAAGUACCCCAGGGCACGAUAUGGAGCUGGAUGGGAUGCAAAGUUCUUUUGGCUUUUUCUCUGCUACGCACCAACCUGUUUAUCUGACAUGCUGCUGUGUAUGUUUUUUCCAACUCCAGCAGCCAGUGGCAGAUCCGUUCCUGGAGUUCUAAUUAAUAUUUAGUA